UCCUCACUUUCUUGCGAAGAGCAUGAAGCUCUUCAUCGAGGUGGAGGUCGGCCCCGAUGAGAUCCCCCUCGCGACGGAGCUCUUCAAGACGCUCAGGCUCCUCACCGAUCACGUCAAGACCCGGGAUCUCAAGAAGCUCUUCACGCCGCUGAUAUUACGGCUCAAAGAUUCCAGCGAGCUGGAUCGCGUCGCUUCUGAGAUCACGCUUGUGCUCACGGAGCUAGAAUCAUCAGAACUGGUCUUUGACGAAUUGAUUGGAGCCUUUGAAGAUGUAGUCUUUAGCCGGGAAAUGGUGAUGCGCCAAGAAUCCGUGGUGCCAUACAUGCUACUGUUUCCAAGGCUACCAGAGCGUUUGAUAGUGAGGAUGAAAGAGACAUUCAUCCCAAAGGUUUUGAAGCACCUCACCUUGAAGCGAUCCAUCGAUGCGAGUCGAAUGGAGUUCUUCUCCUACGCUGAAGCAUUUGCUUCUAUAGUUCAAAUGGAGUUUGUCCCUCUCGUUGGAGCUGUUCAAUCCAUCGUUCAACUUCUUCGCAAGCAAGAGACCCGAUGUGCAGCGGUAACAAUGUUGGGGAAGACUGUGGAGCUUUGCCUACAACAGCUGAAUGAGAAGUGUGAUCUUACGACACUCUCGGACUUGCGGGCUGCUGUUCACAACGUCACCGAGGGGCAUUUUGUAUACGACAUAAAUUACAUUGAGGAAAGCAUGGGAUGGAAUCUCAGUCCUACCUCGGUUGUGACUUCGCCGAGGCCGGUCCAUGAAACUCCAGUGACACAGUCAGUUUCAGGACUUCAUGCUGUGGACUCCUUUCAUGGACACAAAACCACUGUUUUCACCAUGGCUUAUGACAGCAGGCGAGACCAGCUACUGACUGGUGCCAAAGACGGGUCCCUCAUUGUUUGGUCUUGUGACGGACAACUUUUGAAUCAUAUCGAAAUGCCGCACCACUAUGCGUGCUCCAUGGACGUUCAAGUAUCCUCCCAGUCGCUCCUUGUUUGUGGUGUUGCAAGAGAGGGUGCACUUCCAAACCGAAGAUUACCUCCUCCGUGCAUUUUUCGCUAUGGAGCCGGAGGAAUAGGGGGACUAGGCUGGAAAGAGAAAGGAUGUCUUCCAAGAGAAACGACAACUUUGAUAGCGUGCAUUAAGGCAUUAGGAGCCCUGGAGCCGUCUUUUAUUACGGGAGAAACCACAAAAUCAGGACCAAGUGAUGUUUGUGAGCAAAAGGUCUGCUACUACGAUCUUCAGUCCUCAACUUCCUUCACGAAUUUGAAGCCUCUAAGGCAGUACGUGGAGCAUGAGGACCUGAUAACUUGCUUAUCUCUAUUCCCUCCAAACCCAAACAUAUUCAUGUCGGCCUCGAGAGACUGCACAAUCCGCGUCUGGGACCGUCGUGCCGAUCGCUGUACAGGUAUGUUUGGAGCUCUGCGAAGCACAGGCCGGUUGCAAGCCCACGACGCGAUGAUUACGUGCCUGGAUGCAACCGACGCAAACAUGAUCGUCUCUGCGAGCAUGGACAAGUUUAUCCACCGCUGGGACUACCGGACGCUGUCAAACCAGGCUUCGAGCGUUCCCGUCUCGUCCAUGCAAAUCGACGACAGUGGCAUUCUCAAGCUAGCUUUAAAGCCAGGCACGGGGACCGCCGCGAUAAGCACUCUUCGUGGGCUUUACUUUGCGGACUUCUUCAUGCCUCGGCCCUCCGCCCGACUCGCGCAGCUCUUCCCGGAUGGCCGCCAUGUUGGAAUGUACCAUGAUCUGAAAUGGUCCACCGCAAAGAACGUCCUUUACGCCGCUGGAGACGAUACCAGGAUCGAUGUUUACUCGUUUCGACCAUAGAUAGGUAGCUUCGCAUCUUCGAUCGCUAACUGGAAUUUUUUUCUUUUUGCCAAGCUUUUGCUACGAUCGUUAUUCUCUGUGGUAAACUCUUACAUGAUUUUAUCCAGUUGUGACCAACUUUUACCAACUUAUCGCUAUGAUUUACAUGA